AUGCUAUCACUUCGCGCCGUCCGACGUGCAACGCCAAAAAUUCCCAAACACUCAAGAACUCUUCAUAGAUCCUUUACAUGCACAGCUCGCCUAGAUGCAGACUUCACACACGCUGUGAUAGGUGGUGGCGUCGUGGGACUUGCCAUAGCCCGUAAAUUGCAAUCUCGGCCCUCAACCUCGACAGUCCUGAUAGAGAAACAUGGAACCGCGGGCACAGAGACAAGUUCACGGAACAGCGAAGUCAUACACGCAGGGCUAUACUAUGGCCCCUCUUCUCGAAAAACCAAACUCUGCAUCAGAGGCAAAAACUUGCUGUACGAACUGUGUGCCCAACAAGGCAUUCCCCAUCGCAACACGGGAAAAUGGAUUGUAGCACAAGAUGUCGAGCAAAUGGAAGCUUUGGAAAAAGUGCACGACUUCGCUCAGAGCAUCGGUGUACCGACAAGAUUCCUAAGUAAACAAGAGGCAGCAACAAGAGAACCCGAGGUCCGCGCCGAAGCAGGCGUCCUCGAGAGUCCCAGCACAGGAAUCAUAGACUCCCACAGCCUAAUGCAGUACCUCGAAGGCGACUUUGAAAACAACGGCGGAAUCUGCGCCUUCAACUCUCCCGUCACCCGUAUCACACCGAUAGAUUCUGGCCGCGGAGGCUGGGAAAUCACCACGACGACGACCGAAGAAACAAGCACCAUAACAGCAGAAACCCUCAUCAACGCCGCAGGCCUCUACGCCAUCCCCCUCUCCAACACCAUCUUGCCCCCUUCACGCCAGAAAACCGCCUUUUACGCAAAAGGCUCCUAUUUCUCGUACAGCAGCUCCCGCCCCCGCACAUCCACCCUCGUCUAUCCCGCUCCUAUACCAGGCCACGCGGGGCUGGGCACGCAUCUGACGCUCGACCUCUCUGGCCGCAUCCGCUUCGGGCCGGACGUCGAGUGGACGGAUUCGCCCUCGGACUACACUCCGAACACCAAGAACCUGACUGCCGCUAUUGCAGACAUCAAGACGUAUCUACCCGGUGUGCAGGCUGAUGCCAUAGCCCCGGAUUACGUGGGUAUACGACCCAAGUUGGGGAAGUUGGCGGCAACGAAUGCCGGCAAAGGGUUUCAGGAUUUUUAUAUUGAGAAGGAGGAUGGGUUUGAGGGAUGGGUUAAUUUGUUGGCGAUUGAGAGUCCUGGGUUGACGAGUUGUUUGGCUAUUGCAGAAGAGGUGGAGGGGUUGUUGUAUCGAUGA